AUGCCAAACCGCAAAGAAAGCCAAGAUGUUAAGCCUUCUCCCAAACCCGGAAGUGGUGAACCCGCCAGAUCACGGGUGAGGAUAGGGAGAGCAUGCGAUCGGUGCAAGAUCAAGAAGAGCAAGUGUGACGGCAACACUCCCUGUUCGGCGUGUAUAGCGGCUGAGAGCACAUGCGAAUAUAGUGCGCGGAGACGAAGAGAGGCAAGAGACUGGUACUUGGGUAUGCAGGAUGUGAUUGAUGAGGCGUUGCAGAGACUCUAUUGGGCAUGUCGGGAAGGCCGUGGAUUCCCAGGGGUGAUUCCAGACGAGAGCGGCGGUCGUGUAUCCACUGACGCGAUUCUGCAAGGAUUGGGACUGAACCCUCCACGGCUAGACAAUACAAGUACACGCCCGGCCGGUGACCGGGUAGAUUCCGCUUCGGAUACACAGGCUCAGCCACAUCGUCCACAAUCAUAUCGUCCACCAGAUUUUCAGCCACCGAAUCUGUUGCGCACCAAGACCACCUCUUCUGUCAUGACUCCAGGGUCGACGGCUAGUGAUGACAGACUCACCUUUGUAGAAGCGGUGACUGCCAGUGCGGGUCAAAGAGCAAAACGAACGUCAGUGAUGGAGGUAGAUGGUGAAGAGGAGGACAUGUCGGACGGCCUGCCGGACGGUCUUCCUGACAGCCUUGGUCAACAGUUCCACGAGAGGAUGGACGGUAGUGUUGAUCCUGCUGUACUGCAAGAUGAACACGUGGGUUUGAUGGACGGCUCGAUAUAUCCAGAUACGGGCGUUAUGGACUUUGACAGUGGGAGACAACCGAGUACUCAGGGCUGGCGAAGAGGCAAGCAGGCUGCGGGCGGCCAGUUCGAAGUCGAUGGCCUAGCGCAUGAAAGGUACGGGUCUGAACAACAGGCAUGGGAAGGACAGGAUCAGGGAGUCGACGGCAUGCUUCCUUGGCCAGGUAACAUGGCUUUCAUGCAAAGGAGGCCCAGACAUGAUGAUAGUCGAAGUGGCUUCGAUGAUCUUGUUGGAGAAUGGUGA